AUGUCGCGAGUGAACGGGUCGAUGAUCCGGGUCGUGACGGACCGCGCUGUGCAGAUGGGAGAAGAGCUCUUCACGACGUACGGCUCGGAGGACUGGUUCCUGGACCGCCACAUCCAUGCCGCCCCCAUGCUGCCCAACCAGUCGGCGGAAGGCGAGAGCAACUGCAGCUUCGCUCCGCGGAAGCUGCCUUCCCCGGCUGUCUGUGCCAGCAUUACGUCGCCGGAGCCCUCCGGCAGGGGCGUGCUGGCCCAGCAUUCCAUCGCUGCAGGCACUGUUCUUUCCAGCCCCAUGUUUGCCUUCGAUCCGGCUUAUGUGUCUGGUGCGUGGGACCUGCUAGCAAACAGCGCAGGCCAUCCAGACCUAGACUUGCUGGUGUUGCCCUUCCUGUUUCCGGGUCUUCUCACCAGCAACACGUCUUCUCCGAACAUGGCUGCAUCAGUGCAUCUGGAAGGUGGGGCUGAGGAGAUCUCCGUGCACCAGGCCUGCGACCGGCAAUUUGCCCUGGAGUCCUUCCGCCUCAGUGCUCUGAAGGACAUCGCUCCAGGCGAGCUGCUUGUUGUGGACGCUGCCUUUGACCAUCGGGGUCCCCCGAUGCCGCUGGCAGGGGGUUGGCCCCAGCCCUGGUUGGCCGCGUCCGUGGCCCAGUCGCGGCUCGCGGCAGCGCGCGCCGGCGACGCUGGGGCCCAGUUUCAGCAUGCAGAGACCCUCCGGCUUAGCGGCAGCGAGCCCUCCGGAGAGGCUUUGCAGUGGUACAGGAAAGCCGCCGACCAGGGCCACGUGGAAGCGCUCCUCCGUGCUGGGACUUUGCUGCACCGAAGACUGCGGGAGCUGUCCGACAGGAACGACGGAGCAUUGGAUCAAGCAGCGUCGGAGGUGUACCGCUACUACAUGCAAGCGUCAGCUGGCGGCUGCGUGAAAGCCCAGCUUCUCCUGGCCGAGUUCUGCAUGGAUGGCAAAUUCAUGGAGGUGAACCGGAACUGCAGCGCAACUUGGGCUCGACGCGCGUUGGAAAGCGGUGCGGCGCGCACGGCGCUCUUUGCUGAGACCUUCUUUGAGCUCGCCGAGUGCUUUCUGCAGGGAAAACAUGGUCCAUUGGAUCAGGCUUCGGCCUUUUUCUGGCUGCAAGUGGCCGCCGACGCGGGAUCUGCCAAGGCCCAGUACACGCUGGGAAGAGAGCUUUUGGAGGACCUCACGGUGGCUACUGGCAACGAGUUUGCCGCCGAGUGGUUGCAGAGGGCCGCAGAUCAGGAUCAUGAGGAGGCGCAGUUCAUCCUCGGCGUCGCAUUGGCCAUGGGCCAAGGCCUGCCAAAGAACGACUCUGCAGCUGCGGGGUGGUUCCAGAAGGCUGCAGAGCGAGGCCACGCCAUGGCCCAGUACAACCUGGCGAUUGCCUUAGAGGAGGGCCGCGGCCUUGUGGCAAACGCCUCGGCAGCCAAGGCUUCUGCUGGAACGGCCUGCCAACAUCUUGUUCUCCGAACACCGAUCCCUGACAAGUUGCAUCCGGUGCACUGCAGAUUCCUGCUGCCCGUGAUGUGGAAGCAGAAGAUCCCAACACCCCCAAUCCCAAUUCCCACGGCGCGAAGGUGUGGUUUCAAGCUGCAGCCACGCAGGGAGUGGCUGAGCCCCGCUGGAACUGGAUACGAAGGCUGA